AUGCAGCUGGUCAGUUCUUUCUUCGUGAUCCUCAGCACCGUUCCCAGGGUCGGCGCCGUAGAAGCCUGCGACGCCCCUGUUUGGAAUGUUUGCGCCUUCGGGCGCACUGGGAGUGGCAAGAGUACGACAGGCAAUGUCUUACGAAGCAAUUCUUCUCAGGAGGGCGUGUUUCAGGCCUCAGAUAGUUUCUCAUCGGUGACAGACACCGUGCAAGCUGCUACUUGGGAGCACUUUGGUGUUCGUUACACGUAUGUAGACACCCCUGGCCUUUUUGACACUACCGUCAGCCAUGCGGAUGUGAUCAAGGAUCUCUCCAAAGUGCCCAUGUUUGCAAAGGCAGGCUGCCACGUCAUAUUGCUCAUGCUCUGCCCGCAGAGCAGGUUCACAAACGAGGAGCGAGCGGCUGUUGACGGGAUAUUGGCACUCUUAGGUGGCAUGCAGAAAGUCAAGUCUCACCUGCUAUUGGCACUGAGCCAGGGAUACGACUGGCCUUUGGAAAGGGUGUGGGCGGCAGCCAAGUGUAGUGGCCAGCACAAGCUUGAAUCUCUGCUGGAGCUUCGGCGGGAUUUCAUUGUGAGCAUCAACAUAUACAAUGAAAGUACCCGUGAAGAAAGCGCCAGAGCAGUUCACAAUGCUAUCUCCCGCUUGGUGCGCGCAAACGGUGGACGCCCGUACACGAAUGCGUACUUGGAGACGGCUUCCUCACGUUUGGAAGAGAUCUUGGAAGGUCUGGACCCAGCAGUCGCAGCGGAGAAGAAAGCCCGCCAGCAAGAAGCCAUGAUGCAAGAGCAGAUUCGCCGGGAGCAAGAGAAGGUGGAAAUCGUCAGGGCACAGCUGCAAGAGAGCGAAAGGCGGCGCAAGGAACAGCUGGUGUGGCGGAUUUGGCACUGGAGCGGACGGCCGGGGGAGAUAAUACCAAUCUUCAACAUCGCACGUCCUGACUCCCUCGCUGUCUUGCGGGAGCUUGGUGAUGGAAAUGUGCUGCAGUCGGUUGGCAAGGUCUGUACUGUGGAAGACUACGGCACAGGCAGCGGCAGGACAAAGGUGAGGGUAGACGAGAUUUGGCGAACAGGCACAGAUCAGUACGAGGCCAAGUUACAGGUGUUGAGGUGA